AGAGACCUGCAUCACUCAGUUCAACACCCAACAUGGCAGACGUGUCGUUCAAGCAACUACUAACGGAUAUCAAGAGGCGAGUUCUCCGAUCUCGUAGUGACCUGCGGAACCGAUACAAUCAAGGUCAUUGUGAGCACACGCUUCGAGUUCGUCGGCCAAAUCUAUCAAACUUCCUGUUCGAAUACCAAGUAUUGAUGAAUCUAACGAAUGAUGGGGCCACUUCCAACAGAUGUUUACUCGCCCUCGUCGACAUCUUUAUAGCAAAGCAGCCGCGCAAUUGCAAUUCUCCUCCCGGUGGCUCCCGUUGCGCUCACUAUUCAUCAGACCGUUUGGUAUCCCCGCAUCGAUAUUGCGGAGAGCAGUGCAACUUCGACUGCAUCAAUUUCAAAGGCGACGAGUACGCCCCGUUGUAUGGUACAGCUGACCAGCUCCUCAUACAUACUGAGUAUAAGUUUCAACUUGCUUGUGCGGCUUAUUGGAACGAUCCAGAGUUUUCAGAGUCGGCCGACCACGCAUUCUGCACCACUCCUGACCACGACAAGGGCCUGCGCGAAAUCGUGUGCAAGACCAUUUCGGAGCAUAUGGUUCUCCUAAGGAAGCCCGAGAUCGAAGCACCCAUGGCGGAAUUCAAUGGAUUGGCGUUCAGACUCCUGAAGGAGAAGGCGGACAAGAAUGGUUGGCUAAACCUUGUAACAACGAUCACUCUCUUGUGCUAUCUUCUCCAACUUUCCAUCCGUGGAGUUAACCGCAAACAGUACUUGAAACCUUGGCAGCCACACACCGGGCACCUCACAGUCGCGAAACUUGUGGCGUGUCUUCCCCUCCACAAGUCUUUACUCAAUAUCCGCCACGGCAUUCUGUCUACGCCCAGAAUGGCAGAAUCUUCUGCGGAACGAGUAUUGAAACUGGUCAAAAAUUGUCUCACAUCAGGCGACUACUCCGACCUUAUAAUUACAUGCGGAAGCGAUGUCCACAAUGUCCACAAGAUGAUCGUCUGUACACAGGCAGACUUCUUUGCGCGAGCUGUCAAGUUUGGCGGAAAGGAGGCGGAAGAAAGUAGGGUUGAUCUUCCGGACGACGAGCCUGCCAUCAUUACCCUGCUUUUGCAGUAUCUCUAUGAGGGCGAAUACGAUCCGAACCACAUGGUCGCUCAGGAUUCCACGCUCAUCGCUUCACGGGGCGCUUCCAGCAUAGUUAUCAAUCGAGGCGAAAGACGCAGUUCGGAAUAUGGCGUUUACUAGUAUGAUUUCCCUCAUACUUGCAUCAUCGGCUGGAGGGAUGAAUGCGAUGCCUAUUCGCUUUGUCCUCAUCAUAUCUGUACUAUUCAAUGCGACUCCAAUUGCAAGGACUUCUACUGCAGCAAGUGUACACAGCCGUGCAUUCGAGGAUCUGCAGACCAACUCCUCAUUCACGCCAAGAUGUACGAGAUAACCGACAAAUACAACGUGGCAGGACUUAAGCACCUGUGCGAGGAGAAAUUUCGACGAAGCUGCGAAGCCUUUUGG